AUAAUAUUUUUAUAUGUUGUAUUUAAAAUUAUAUUUCCCAUUUCAAUUGACAGAGGUAUAAUACAGACCCACACAAAACAAACUAAUACAAAAAAGGCUCACAAAUGGAUUCAACGAAUUAUUUGCUUAUUCGUAUAGUAUUUUGUAUACAAAUGCUACAAAUGGGAACGCCUGACAAUUUAUUCGCAACGAAUUCAAUGCUCGUCGACAGACUAUUACCUAAAUAUUACGACCCAUUAAUGCCACCGAAACUUGACGGAAAUCCAGUGAAGGUUGACGUGAAGAUAUCCAUACUUAACAUACGAUCAAUAAAGGAGACAGAAUUGUAUUGGUCCGACUAUAGGAUUCUGCCCCAGAAUCUGACACUUGAUUCACGAAUAGUAUUGGAUAACAAAUGGAGACAUAAAUUAUGGAUUCCUGACUCUUAUUUCAAGAAUGCAUUGAGUGGUCACGUGACUGACAUCAUAUUCCCGACCCUGUAUUUCGCGGUUCACAAUCAAACGGAGCUGUUUAUGGCAUCUAGGGUAUCCCUACAACUGAGCUGUGAUAUGGAUUUCGCCAAAUUCCCGCACGACACCCAGGAAUGCCAUAUAGACAUCAUGUCA